AUGGCUCUCUUGCAACAAGCCAUAGAAAGGAGUGCCUCGUCCAUGCAGAAGCAUCUAGACCUCAUUGUUUUGAUCCUCUGUGCUUUGUCUGAGUGCAUUAACAGUGACAGCAACAACGAGCAGCAGUCCCCUCUUCUCUCACGCUGGAUCCAGCCACCCUGUUCACGAUAUCACAUGCAAACUCAGUUUCCCUUUGCACGAUUCCUGGAUCAAGUCUCUUUUUUUCUUUUGGCAAUGAUUUUGGACAGAUUCUUUGCUUGGCUUUCUGUGUUUUCCUUGGCCAAGGUGUCCUUGACACAGGUGGUAUUUCUUCCCAGACGCCUGGAUUUAGACUGGCCUAAAAACUGCGGUGUUGCGUAUUUCCAACCAAACAUAUUUGCCAAGAUUAUUGCCGGCAAUGAAGCAAGGCCUCAUUCUUGGCCGUGGCAAGUCUCCUUACAGGCCCGUUCUAAACCAAGCGACAAAUUCAUCCAUGUCUGUGGUGGCACCCUCAUUCACAAAAACUGGGUUCUCACUGCUGCCCACUGCUUCCAGAAGGGACAAGAAGAAGAUGUCACCAACUGGCGAAUUCUUCUCGGCAAGCAUCACCUUGACCACCCGGAAUCCACAGAACGAAGCUACCGGGUGAAGCGAAUUUAUCGGCAUGAGCGUUUUCAGUACCCUCAGCUAAAUGAGCUAGAGUAUGACAUUGCUUUGGUUAAGCCAGUGGAAGAUAUUACCGCCAACAGGUUUAUCCAUUAUGCCUGCCUGCCAAAAAGAGGAGGUUUUCUCCGUCCGGGACACUCCUGCUGGGUGACUGGCUGGGGGGGUACAAGAGGUGGAAAAGAUGAAAACUUCUCUCUCUCUGAGGUUUUGAAUCAGGCCAAGUUGCCAGUCAUAGAUUUCAACACAUGCCACCUCAAGAAGUUCUGGGGAAGCAAAAUCCAAUCAUCAAUGCUCUGUGCUGGACUGAAAGAUACAGCAAGGUCUUCAGCUGCCUGCCAGGGAGACUCGGGUGGCCCACUUCUUUGCCAAACUGGGAGAGAGACAUGGGAAGUCCAUGGGGUCGUGAGCUUCGGGCCAGUUGGCUGCCAGGUGCAGAACAAGCCUACUGUCUUUACUAGGACAUCUGCGUAUAUUCCUUGGAUUGAAGCAAUCAGAAUGCGGGAUUUUUUUUUGUAAAGGACAGGAAAGACAAGGGAAG